UAGCAAUCUAGAUAGAUUCAUAAGUAACCUAGUGAAUAUACCCACUUCUGCCAUGUCUAUGGACUAUGUGCAGCCCAUAGAGUAUAAAUAUGAAAACACCGCCAAGAACGGAUCACCACACCCAACACGCUAAAUGACGAUCAACGCCUCCUUAUUCGACCCUGCCGUGUUAAUUAGAACACCAAUUAAUACAGUCCGCUCUGAUUAGACGGUUUUUUCGGGAAGAGAUUUCCUCACUCCACUGAUAAAAAUUACUUCUUCAACUUUUUUGGGCAGAGUAGACAUACCCCUCCUUCCUCACUACUUCUCUUUAUCAUCCGUUCUUCAUCUAUAUAUUUCAAAAGAAGACAGACCAGAAAAGUUAUCAAGAGAGAAAAGACAGGAAUAACUUCCAACCCAAUAAAAUGGACCCCCUCCGCUACCUCGCCGCCCCCCACGGCUUCACCCCGCUCCCAACCGCCAACACCAAACAAAUCAAAGAAAGAAUCAGCUUCGUCGACUCCCUAACAGCCAACCCGCACUUCAACCCCUCCGAGCCCGCCCGCGAAGCCCUCUACAGCUACAAAGACGCCUGCGAGACGCUCGUUGACCUCGCGCGGGAGCAAAAAGCCACCGGAACCAGCGAUGCCUCCGCCCAAGCCUCCGCCACCUCCCAAGCCAGCGACUUCGAAGCGGCGCACCUCUCCACCGCGACGCUGUCGUUCGACCUCGCGACCAAGGCCAAGCUCGGCGAGGAGCUCGACGCCCUGUACAACAUGUGGACGUUCACGCGGUACGAGCGCUUCCUGCCCGAGGAGGUGAAGGCCGAUGCGCGGGCGCAUCCCAGCGCGAGCACGGCGGACCCGUGGCAUGGGGCGUUCUGGACGGCGUUCUGGGCGCGUCUGCAGGGUGAGCGCGAGACGUUUGCGCGUGUGUUGGCUGGUGAGUGGGGCAAUGGUGGUGCGCUGCUGAAUGAGUGUCCUUGGAGCUUGCUGCUUGCGCUGCUUUGUGAGCGCCAUACCGUGGAUUGGGACGAGACACUUGCGCUGGUGCAAUUCGGUGCGGGCGAGGCGCCGCUGCCGCAGGAGGACUUUGUGGAUUUGCUUAAGGCGGGCGAUGCGGUUGCGCUGGCGAGGAGGCUGGAUCGUGAUGAGAGCGCUGUGUCGCUGUCCGCGGAGUAUGUUAUGGGCGUUGGGACGCUGUUGAUGGCGUACUUUUCGAAUACGUUGUCGGAUGCGUUCUUUGAUACGCUUUCGAUUGAGGAGAAGGAUGGUGAGGAUGAGGAGGAUGAUGAGGAGAUUGCGGGGUAUGCGAUGUGGAAGCCGAAGGAGGCGCUGUUGGAGCGCAUGGCGCUGAAGGAUGGGCAUGAGGAGUCGAUGAGGAAGCUGUUCCAGGAGAUGUUCGAUGAGAUGGGCGCGGAUGAAGACGGUGAUUUCGAGGACGAUGAGGAGGACGAGGAGAUGGAGGACUUGGACCUGGCUGAGGCGGCGGAUUUCGCCGAUGGUGGGUUCAGUGAUGAUUCGGAGGAUUAUUAGUUCUUUGGAUGGGAUAAAAGGGGGAGAUAGAAGAUGGUCUGGGAUGUUAUGUGUUAUGGAUUCUACUGGAUAUGAUACCUAUGCCAAUGGUGAAAAUAAUAUAGAUUUCCGAUAUGCAGAUUGUUAACGAGGCUGCUAUGAAAACGCGCUUGAUACCGAACUCCAUGCAAUAAAUUAUUUGAACGUGGUUUUAACACUGUCCAUGCUCCUCGAGAGCACAGAUGAAGCUCUCUCCCCACUUCGCAC